UAGACCUUGAUUUUCUUUGGAAAAGUACCUUUUCAAUUUUCCUGAAUUCGUGUUAAUUCUACUCCUGGCAUAACACAUAGCAGUUUGAUAAAGAUUAGCAAAGUUGGAAGAUUGGGAUUCUCCUUGACAUUCAUCGUGUGUUAAGCCGUAAUGCAUGCAGGCAUCUGCAAAGUGACUGCAAACUGCACUUAUUCAACUACCUCUGUCUAUACCCGGCUUGGUCUGUGCCAUACGCACUUGGAAUACAUUUCUAUCUUACUUGUAAAUUCUACUUAAAUCUCAUUCAAUAAUUUUACUAAUAAGUUUUCAAAUGAAUUGCUAAAAUCUGCAGUCCAGUAUUCGAUUUUUCCCCUUGUACUCUGCAACCUUAGAUCUUAAAAAACUAAGCUUCAGUGAAGAAAUGGAGUAACAUUUUUAAGUGGGUAAAUAGGUGGUUUUCAUUUUUAGUAUUGACACGCAAAAUAUUUUAAAGAAUUGAUCGUUGUUCUUUGAUAAAGGAUUUCUGUGGCUUAUUUUGACAUAUGGCAUCAACACCCCACGUGUUUUUUCCCUAUUCUUUCCAGAUCCUUUAUAAUUUACAUCAAGCAUUCUCUAUUUUAAAGGAUAGUGUCUAUCAUUAUGAUAGGUUUCAAAUCAGUUUUAGAAGCCAUUUCGGGUCAGUAAUUUUCUUUUCCGAGUAUGAUGCCUAACUUUGGAACGUGCAUUCAAUGAAACCGGUGCCAGUCAAAUGGAAUUGAAAAGUAUUCGGCACAUUGGAUUUGAUUUUUGGUUAGAAAGGGAAGAUGAAGGGUUGUCAAGGGGAGAAGGGGUCCUAAGGUUUCCAAUCUAUUGUUUAAGUGGUUACAUUGUGGAAAUAUAGGAGACUCUAAGCUUGUUUUUCUAAGUUUCCACCCUUUGUUAGAAGCGGUUCAAUCCUGUUUCGGACCAGUUCUGGGGGGUGGUGAGGAGGGGCGCUUGUUCUGCUCUCAGCAGAUUGGUUACACGCGUCAGGUGGUGGCGAUGACUUAAUUCCUAGCCCAAGAAGAAUAUAAUGUUAAAACUGGUUAUGUAAUUUUAUGCUUCUCCUUUUUCAUGCAGUAUUUAGUUCAAAUGUUGACGAUUUUGAAAAAGUACAGGACAUCUUUACCUUUUUUAAUAUUAAAAAAUAUACAUCCUUGAGGAAGUGCUAAUUGAACUAAGGCAAGUGUCGAAAUGAAGGAUGCUUGGGAGUUACAGCAUUUAACUCAUUUUUUUUUAAUAGAUUAAGAUGAAAUCGGUUCUUUGGUUGGGUUUUCACGGUUACACACAGGUCAUUUGUAUUCUGAAAUAAUUUCUAGUUAAUCCUUCUGAGCAGUAAGACUGAUGUUAAAUGUAAAUGCCUAAUGACAGCUUUGGUAUUUGUUGAGAAGCAGGCACACGAGUUUGUGUUUGAACCUUUCUGGACAUUGCAGCUUUUUAUCAAACGGUUAAGAAACAAAGGUUUUUAAGGAGCUGAGGUUUGCAGUGGGAUAAAAGUAGAAUAACGACUUAUGGGGGCAAACGCAGUUUGAUUAGUUACUCGAUGAUUUCACGGUAAAGAAAACUAUGUACCCCGUACCCCAACGAGAUGCCCCUCAACCCCUGCAAGGCGCGGACGAGCUCUUAGCUGGAAUAGUUUCAAUGACUUAAAAGUGGGACCUCUCAAACUAGCCUGGUAACUGAGACCCCGCCCCGGGCGACCGGCGAUAGGCGGAGCCGCGUUUGUUAGCCUGUUGCUAAGGCGAUGCCAGGCUCUGAUUGGAUUGGGCGCGGGCGGGUGGGGAGAGUGGGCUCGCGCCGGUUGGGGCGAGGCUUGGAACCGGCGUGCGCCGGUAAAGGUCCCUCCAGAGUGGCCGCCCCCGCCCGUACUCGCAUCCCUCCCCGAGCUUGUGGAGGCGCCGUGGUUCAUGUCACGGAAUGUUGUCGCCCCUCACCUCGGCUUGCUUGGGGACCCCAAAGAAAACGAUCUUGGGUUUCAGCAGAGUAGAGGGGGAGAAGCUCCUGCUGCCCUUACAGGUGCCGAACGGCCCUGGGCGUAACUUCAGCUGACAAUUCUAUUCUGAAGAACUUGGGUAGGCAGGGUUAGCAGGACCCCGUUUUCCUGUUCUCGGCUGGAAGAUGUCAGCUGGCUUCUGUAAAUGCUCAUUCCCUGAGCUGAAACAAAGCGUGUUGUGGACCUAUGCAGCCCCCAGACCGGCUACCUUGAUUUGACCUGAGGGACAGACCGUAAAGGCUGGCCAGGAGAAGAGGGAAAAGUGCCACUGACAACGAAAGCUGGGGUCGGGGCCUUGGCGAGUAUUCCCUGGCCCCUCCCCAUUGUUUCCCGGGGACUAUGCAGCCCUGCCCACCCCCCACCCCGCCCCAGUUUCCCUCUCCGCAACUGUAAAGGUGUCAGGGUGGCCCGAGCCAGAUCGAACCGGUCACCGGCUGGGGCGUGUAAAGCGGAAGCGCCGCGGUGCGGUCGCCCCGCCCCCAGCCCAGCAGGGUAGGCUGCGCGAACGCGAGCGCGAGCGCCGCGCGACGUAUGCCGUAUGUAUAGCGGGUCGCGCGGGCGGCGGCGGCGCGCGGGCGGGCCGGCUGGGAUCUGCUCGCGCCGGUUUAGGCCGGUCCUCUCCUGCUCCGGUCUAGUUCUUGAUUGACAGCCCGGCACUUGUUUACCACGGCGCGGCCGCCGCAGCUCGCCUCAAUGAGACUGCUGAGCUGGCACAAAAAGGGAGAGAGAAGGGAAGAAAAGGAGAGGGAGGCAAACUUUGGGCGCCUUCGAGGGGAGCGAGUGUACAUGGCCCCCAACUCACCAGCCAAUUUUCAGUGCUGAAAUUCGUUCAGAGGAUUUGCACAGGGGACGAGGAAAAUAGUACUGAGAUAUGAGGGAAUCAUCGUGGGUUUUGAAUAAAAGUAUCCACAUAUAGACGCGCUUUUUUCCUUUUCUCCCUGUGAUGUAAGGGAAGCAUCACGUUUUUUGUGUACCUUCGAUACUUUUUGGUGAGGGAAAGUUAAAUGAUUUUACCAAUCUCGUCUCCUCUCAUGGUAAAUGAUGGUGUCUACACUAAAAAAUGAUGAUAAUUCCGAAGAAGGCUUCAACACUAUUCAUUCAGGAAGGCAUGAAUAUGCAUUCAGCUUCGAGCUUCCACAGACACCACUUGCUACCUCAUUCGAAGGCCGACAUGGCAGUGUGCGCUAUUGGGUGAAAGCCGAAUUGCACAGGCCUUGGCUUCUACCAGUAAAAUUAAAGAAGGAAUUUACAGUCUUUGAGCAUAUAGAUAUCAACACUCCUUCAUUACUGUCACCCCAAGCAGGCACAAAAGAAAAGACUCUCUGUUGCUGGUUCUGUACCUCAGGCCCAAUAUCCUUAAGUGCCAAAAUCGAAAGGAAGGGCUAUACCCCAGGUGAAUCAAUUCAGAUAUUUGCUGAGAUUGAAAACUGCUCUUCCCGAAUGGUAGUGCCAAAGGCAGCCAUUUACCAAACACAGGCCUUCUAUGCCAAAGGGAAAAUGAAGGAAGUAAAACAGCUUGUGGCUAACUUACGUGGGGAAUCCUUAUCAUCUGGAAAGACAGAUACCUGGAAUGGAAAGUUGCUGAAAAUUCCACCAGUUUCUCCCUCUAUCCUCGACUGUAGCAUAAUUCGUGUGGAAUAUUCACUAAUGGUAUAUGUGGAUAUUCCUGGAGCUAUGGAUUUAUUUCUUAAUUUGCCACUUGUCAUUGGUACCAUUCCUCUACAUCCAUUUGGUAGCAGAACCUCAAGUGUAAGCAGUCAGUGUAGCAUGAAUAUGAACUGGCUUGGUUUAUCCCUACCUGAAAGACCUGAAGCACCACCCAGCUAUGCAGAAGUGGUAACAGAGGAACAAAGGCGGAACAAUCUUGCACCAGUGAGUGCUUGUGAUGACUUUGAGAGAGCGCUUCAAGGACCACUGUUUGCUUAUAUCCAGGAGUUUCGGUUCUUGCCUCCACCUCUUUAUUCAGAGAUUGAUCCAAACCCUGAUCAGUCAGCAGAUGAUAGACCAUCCUGCCCCUCUCGUUGAAGGAACUGUGUUAGAUCAACUUGAUGUGGGUUCUGAACUGUAUCUCUUCCCAGCUGGGGACAGAGAAGUAUCUUGGAGACACGUUUUCAGAGGAAGUGGAAUUGCUUUUGCCCAGAAAAAUGGCAGAUACAUGAAACAACCAGUGAUCAUGCUUUAGAAGCCUACAGCAACAUUCUGGGACUGCUCCAACAUGCUUGAAGAUCUAAGCUUUUCUCCUUUAAAACAGGCACAUAUUAAGAGCAGUCUUCUUAGCCUAUGGUCAUACGUGUCAAGACACCACGUUGUAAAGAGGGAUGAUUUCCUUCUUUUGAUUUGAAAAUUUGCACAUGCUCAAUGCUUACAUUGUGCAGUUCCGAUGUCACUACAGCUUUUUUUUUUUCCAUUUAUGCCAGACUCUUGAUACUCUUUAAAAACUUGUUUGUGGUCAGCACAACAAGGAACAAAAGAAAGCUUUGAAAAAACUUUAACAUGAAAAAAACGCACUGACUUUUUUUUUAAUUUAAUAUAGCCUGGACUUUACCUGCGUAUGCACAUGCUCAGAAAUGUCCUACUAGGCUGACCAUGUAUCACCUCUUCAGCUUGGAUCCUAUUGUGGAUUUAUUUACAAACAUCAAAUGCCUUCAAGCCAAUCCUUCUUGCUGUAUGUUUUGCAGCCUACUGUAGUAGAUACGCAACAGAUAUGUGGGAAAAGAGAUAAGAGGAGGAAGCUAAUAAGAGACUUUGUCAAGAUUGUAUACCUUCUUGGUUUCUUUUAAGAAUUUGUUGCCUUUCUACUAUUACAGCAAAGCAGCAUUUUGUUACUGACUGCCUAAAAUCACUUAAUCUCAGGUGAACGCAUCACUUGCCAAACUGUUGGAAUGCUAUUUGUGUUUUGUUGCACUGUUGAGUUAUUUUUUUGUUUUGUUUGUUUGGUUGGCUUUUUGGAGAGGGAAAUUUGGAAAAGGGACAUACACAAAAGUGAUAACCCACCCACAUUCCCUUUUUAUCAUUACAUAUAAGAAGAAACUAGCAGAGCUAAGAAUGGAGUAAAGAAAGGCAGUAUGGCAGGCACCAGCAAAGAGUUAAGGGCUUGUUGCUCUUAAAAAUGAUUGUUAUUUUUAUUAUUUUAAGAGUAUGAAAAUUUUCCAGUCACUGGAAAGGAGGAGAAAGUGCAUUUAUUUUUGUACGGAGUUACUUAAUUACCUCCAAAACACCUAUGUUGGAAAUCAUUUUUGCUGGUGCAGAGUGUUUUAAUGAGCAGGAAUAUGUACACACACACAUACACACACACACACACACACACAUACAUAUUAGAGAGUUCAAUUUAUAUAUUUCGUGUCCUGCUCAAGCUUCUCAGAGCUUGAAAACCCAAGUUUAUUCUAAAAGUGUAUAACUUCAGAAUUACAAGUAUACUAGAAUAUGUGCUGGGAUGAUAACUGUUUUAUAUUUUUGUGGGGUUUUUUUUAAUGAAAGUAUUUUUUCCAUUACCUGAAGAACAUUUUGCUAAACAUGAGAAACAACUCACUUUGAGUAUAUAUAGAUAAGAGCAACCACAUCAGUAAAUUAUAGUUUAUAUUAAAGAUAAUUUACAGUUGGCUCAUAACAAAUAUACCAGCAUUCAUGAUGACACUUAAAAACCAUUUUCCAAGGUACCAAGUUUACCGAUCGUCUUACUUUGGAAGGAAUUCAGCUCUGAUGUUUUUAAUGAAAAUCAGCAUCUAUGAUAUUGCAACAUACGUGUGAAAUGGGUGUUACAUCUAUCCUGCCGUUUAACCCCACAGUUAAUAAAGUGGCUGAAAAUAAUAGUAACUCUGGCUUGGUGCUUGACCUGGUUAAAUACUGUCUUAAAGCUUCAUACAAAACAAAUAGGCUUUUCCAUAAGUGGCCUUUAAGAAAACAUGGAAGACAAUUCAUGUUUGAAAAAUGCUGACAGGGUGAAGAAAGCCCAGCGUAAAAAUGAAUCGCGUUUUAGGUGAUUCAAUAAAGGGUUUGGGCUCCCGUAGCAAACUAAUACUAGAUAAUAAGGAAAUGGGGGUGAAAUAUUUUUUUAUUGUUGUUAAAUCAUUUUGUGAAUGUCCCCCUCAAAAGAAGCUAAUGGAAUAUUUGGCAUAAAGGGCAUUUGGUGGUUUUAUUUUUGUUUGGGGGGGGGGGUGUGUCUGAAAAAUCCCUUUUCUUUUUUCUCUUAUGUCUAACUAGGGAACAAUUGUUGAUAUGCAUAGCAUUGGAAUACUUAUCAUCAUAUACUCUUAUAAAUAACACAUGAAACAAGAAUGACCAAUAUUCUAAUAAUUGGCACUGGGUCACAAAAUAAAAUGUGAUUAAAUUUUGAAUCUAUAAAACUUUAUCAAAUAAAGUUUUAUUUUCCCCAUUAAAAGUUAUUUCUUUACUUAUUUAGAGGCAUUACUUUACUCUUUUCUAAAUAUUGGUCAAUUCCUGACAUAAGAUGUGAGGUUCACAGUUGUAUUCCAGUAUUCAAGAUAGAUUCCUGAUUUUUCAAUUAGGAAAAGUAAAAUCCAAAAUGUUAGCAAAACAAAGUGCAAUAUUAAAUGUUUGCUUUAUAGAUUAUAUUCUAUGGCUGUUUGUAAUUUCCUCUUUUUUUCCCCCUGUUUUAUUUGGUGCUGAAUAUGUCCUUGUAGGCUCUGUUUUAAGAAAACAAUAUGUGGGAAAUGAUUUAAUUUUUCCUAUUGCUCUUCCUUGUGGAAAAUAAAGUGUUUUGUUUUUUUCUUUUUUGUAAAA